AGAUCCGUACGGCGGGAGGGAAGCGGAGCGUUCCAGGGCCAUAAAUGACCGAGUGGGGGUAUUCGCGUGUGUCGGGGCCGGGAGUCGGUCACCGCCUCGGUGUGAGGGCCGGGCGGGAGUCCCGACCUGGUCUGUGGCGGCGGGCAGGCUGCCCCCCGCCGUCGCACUAAUGCCCCGGGCCCCCCCUGCUCCUGCCGCGGCUCUCGGCGCCAGGGGCACCCCAAAGCCUUCACCAGCAAACAAACAGCGGCUGCUGGGACGACACCGCUGGAAACCCGCGGCUGGAAACCCCGCCCGUCUCUGUGCAUCCCGCUAGUAACACCUCCAGGUUAUUGCCGAAGCACAGGACGCGUUUUGAAAGGCACUUGCUGGUUGUUUACUGUUUGCGUUUCUCAGCUUCGGCGGAGUGAGCCAGUUUCACUUUCAGUUCUUAGCGCUGCAGCCCUCCGGACGGGAGAGGAUUCUCAUUAUUCUCAUUUAACGUGUUCAUAUGCGAAAUAACCAAAGGCUAAGUCUUGAAAACAUGAUUCCUGCAACUGUUCACACUGUCCUGAGUGCUCUAUAUUUAUGCUGCCACAGAAAGAACUGGUUACACUCGGAGAAGAAACACUAAGGACUGAAAUGCAUUUGCAGCUAAAGUAUCCUCAUCAUGAAUAGGUACACAACUAUCAGACAGCUUGGCGAUGGGACCUAUGGCUCUGUCCUCCUAGGGAGAAGCAUUGAGUCUGGAGAGCUAAUAGCCAUUAAAAAAAUGAAGAGAAAGUUUUAUUCCUGGGAGGAAUGUAUGAACCUUCGAGAGGUUAAGUCUUUGAAGAAAUUAAACCAUGCCAAUGUAGUAAAACUGAAAGAAGUUAUAAGAGAAAAUGAUCAUCUGUAUUUUGUGUUUGAAUACAUGAAGGAAAAUCUUUAUCAGUUAAUGAAAGAAAGAAACAAACUCUUUCCUGAGUCUACAGUUAGGAAUAUUAUGUAUCAGAUCCUACAAGGGCUUGCAUUUAUCCAUAAGCAUGGGUUCUUUCACAGAGACUUGAAACCUGAAAACCUCCUUUGCAUGGGACCGGAACUUGUGAAAAUAGCAGAUUUUGGCUUAGCUCGAGAAAUUCGAUCUAGACCUCCCUACACCGACUAUGUAUCCACCAGAUGGUACAGGGCUCCUGAAGUCCUUCUGAGAUCCACCAGCUAUAGUUCUCCGAUAGAUAUUUGGGCUGUUGGUUGUAUAAUGGCAGAAGUUUACACACUGCGGCCUCUCUUCCCAGGCGCCAGUGAAAUUGAUACUAUAUUCAAAAUUUGCCAAGUCUUGGGGACGCCAAAGAAGAAUGACUGGCCUGAAGGCUACCAACUUUCAGCCUCCAUGAAUUUUCGCUGGCCUCAGUGUGUACCUAACAACCUAAAAACCCUCAUACCUAAUGCUAGCAGUGAAGCAGUGCAGCUCAUGAGAGACAUGCUGCAGUGGGACCCCAAAAAGCGGCCAACAGCUAGUCAGGCACUUCGAUAUCAGUACUUCCAGGUUGGGCAUGCCCUGGGUGUUCAGGAACUCGGGAAACAAAAGGAACUGCAUAAUAAAUCAUCUCUGCAUAUUAAGCCUGUACCUCCAGCACAACCCCCUCCGAAACCUCAUGCCCGCAUUUCAUCAAGGCCUUUUCAACAAAACCAGUCUUCUCAGCACUUGGUGUACCCAUAUAAGACAGACAGCAUGGGGGCCGAGCACAGUAACUACUUACAGGAAGAUAAGUCUAACCAGGUUCUUCUGCCUGCAAUUCACAAUAAGGUUCCUCAGCAGAAAACGUCUGCUGGGACCGAGAAUAUAAAUGGUGAACUUAAACCAAAAACUAGGCGAAGAUGGGGACAUCUUGCCAGAACGGUGAAGAGUUCUGAAGACUGGGAUGAUUUGGAAGACCUUGAUUUCGGCUCUUCCAUCACAAGGACAGACCUGAAAAACAAGAAGAGGCAGAGUGAUGAAACUAUUUGUAGAUUUGAAAGCAUUUUGGACUUGAAGCCUUCAGAUGCUGUGGGCUCUGGCAGCAGCGCACCUUCCCACGUGACGUUUCCACGGCAGGACACUCCCACACUGCGAGUUUCUGCAGCAAAGCAACACUACUUGAGACAUUCUAGGUAUCUACCUGGAAUAAGCACAAGGAAUAGCACAGUCUCCACUUCAAACAAAGAGUCUGUUCCGUCGAAUGCCUGGCCCAGUUCUGGUUUGCCUGGGAAAACUUCUGCUUUGGGAGGUAGUAUUAACAGGAUGAAUUCAGGGCCUGUAGGAUCGAGCAGUCUAACUAGUGCUUAUGUCCCUUCAUUUCUGAAGAAGGAUGUCGGCUCUGCUGGGCAGAGGGUUCAUUUAGCACCAGUUGUGGAUCCGUCUUCUAAUUAUACUGCUCUGAAGUCAGUAAGACCACAUCUUGGACGGCCAUCAUUCAAUUCACCUACCAAAAGCACCCCGAGGUUGAUGCCUCUCCCACCACCAGCUCACCCGAUCCAUGGGCGCGUUGACUGGUCUGCAAAGUAUGGUGCUCACCGGUGAUGUGCGGAAAUACCCUCCGAACUAGGGCAUGUUUCCCAUCAAAUGAUGGAUAGCAUGAGACAAUUUGAUAUACUGCUUUGUGUACCUGUAUAUUUAAAAGAAACGGAAUAUGAGUGAGACAUUUUGAAGGGUUUUUUAAUUUUACUUUUAUUUGUAUUAAUUUGAAUGCAUUCUUGUACCUUUUUGUAUAAAAUUGUUUUGUUAUAUAAUUGGGUCCAGUUAUUUUCAUAAAUCUGAUACAUUUUGUAUAUAUGGCUUAGGGGGUUUGGCAUUUUUAUAUGAGAAAUUUUUAUAACAAACUUUUUUAAAAAUUAAAUUUUCCUUUAUUAGAUUUAACUUUUUUAUAAAAGUGGAUUAAAAAAGUGAAGUGGUGCAAUAUUGCAGUGGAAGAGAAGUACCGAGGAAGGGGCAUUCAGUACACAUUUUCUGAAUUUUACGUGCUAAAUGAGGCUGUAUAAUUUCAGUGAUGCCAUGUCUUGAUGCCAACCUUCUGUUGUCCUGUACUCAUUUGCUUUGUACUGACAUCAAAGGAAUGAGUGACCAGCAGCUGAAACUCUCCUUUGCAGACACUGAGAGAUUGCUGAAAGUCAGUGGGAAGCUUUUUUUAAAAUGUAUUUAUUUUUGCCUUUGCCAGGUUUUUGUUGGACCGCUGUCCAGCUUUCCAGCUCCAUUCUUUUGCUUUUACCAAAUUCGGGGAGUCUUCUUGUUUGGUGAAGGGUGAAUACCCUUCUGUAAAUCUGUUUUCUGACACAGCGCUCUUUUUUCCGCUUCAAAGUUGCUUCUUGGCAUUGUUUGCUAGGAAAUAGAAUGCAGACCUACCUCUGUUAAAUUAAUUUAAAUAUUCUAAUGAUGUCUAAAGAGAAAAAUCAGAUUCUGCUGCUGCUGCUUUGUUGUUAGGAAUAUGAGAUCUGAAGACAUGUUUGAAACAGUAUUAACAAUUAUAAAUCUGGUUUCAAAGUAACAGCAUAUUGGUGAUACAAUACACCAGCAGCAGAGUUUAAGAAAACAGUAUCUGUGUAGCAGACUUAAUUUUCAUCACCGUUUUAAAUCAUUUUUGGAAAAAAAAAUGCAGAGGAAAUGAGUCAGUUUAAGCUUACUUCAGUACAUCUUUACUCACAAUGUGAAGAACAAGUCAGCUUCUGUAAGUUAGUCCCCCAGGCUCUACUGGGAAAAGUGGGACUUUACCUGGUCCUGCUAAAAAACAUUGUAAAUUUGUGGUUGAUUUCACAGAAACAGAUACAGCUCUUUGAGGAGCAGUUUAACUCAGUUUAUAAGAUAAGAUGAAUUGUCAGAUUGCACAUAAAAGAAAAUGACCCCUUAUUCUGGUUUUAUUCUGCACGGGAAAGUUGUACCAGAGUCCAGCCAUCAGCAAAAGAUGGAUGUAGAUCAGAAACAGCAUUUGGGUGUUCCUGCACCUCCUUCCACAGAAGGAAGAUAGAUCAGUACAGUGUGGUGGGAGAGCAUCUUUUAUCGCUGGAGUUUAGACCAGCACCGCCAAAGCUGAAGCCUGCUGUGAACUUCCCGCAGAUGUGUGUAGAGAUGCUCACCUUCUGAGCUCAUUGUGUGAACAGAUCAGGCAAAUCUUGUAUUUAUGAGACUUGGAUCCAGUCUGAAGGGAUCAGGGGAGGUGUAGUUCUCAGCACCCGGGCCUUUUGAAGGAGGUAAAGGGCAAGCGUGUCAGCGAGACCCUGUCUGUGGGGUCUGCUGGCUCCCACGAGGGGCAGCUGCUGGGGACUGGAGAUGGAUAACUCAUGCUGGCCUUUCCAGUCCUCCCACGGAGAAUGUGUGGGACUUGGAGGAAGCUGUACCCCAGAGCAGGCUGCUGGCUCUGUGCCACAGGGAGCUGUGAGGACCACUGGUAGCUGUUGGACUUUAUGGACUCAGUCCACAGAAGAAGACAAAAAGGGAGCAGAAGGGUCUAUGCAUUAAAAAGAAGUAUGCAUACAAGACUUGCAGAUGCCAAGGACAUGUUAACAUGUCCAGCCACCCCAGUUAUUUGUUCAUAGGAAGUAUGAACUCCACAUCUAACUGCUUCCAAAGCGGCAGUGCCACUGUGUCACAGUGAACUUAAAACAGCCAUUCAAUUUCUAAAGCACAUACUGAUGGUAUCUUUGCGUGAGCAGAAAGGGAGAUGAUAGGUAUAUUUGUGUUAGAACUGGAAAGAUAGUUUUUUCCCUUGGGGGAAAUAUCAGUAUUUAUGUCUAGAUAUCAUUUAAUAUCAUUUAAUUUAUUUUAUCACUUAAUUAUUGGUCUCAAGAGGGAACAACCUGAGCUUAUCCUAAGUAUCCCUAGAUCUGAGUAGGCAUGUUCCAUAUACUUAAUUCCUACUAGUGAAAGCAAGAGAUUGACAAGUCACUAGAAUGGGCUACUGGGGCUUGGAUUGGUCCUACUUAACCGCACGUACCCAAGUGUGAGCUCCUUUCUUGUGAGCUGACUGUCAACGAGUGGUGAGUGAGAAUCAUCUUCAGAGAAAUUCAGCUCUCCUGAGAACUUGCCAGCCCUCUGGAGAUGCCUGAAUCUCUCUGCUAAGGAUGGGGACUACUCCACAUGUUUAAAGUUCUCAGCCAUUUUCAGCCCUGUGGUGAUUUUCUCGACCACAGCAUUCAGGUUUUGGUCAGUCUGGCAAAAAGAUUAGAAAAAGAAGUAGUACUUUUUUCCCGCCUAUCUCCUGCUUUCCUGAAUGAAAGCCUACCUUUAGGAAAAAAAGCUAAUAAUCUUGAUAUUCAGAAUCACCUCUGCUAGUUUUAAUGUAGUGGGACAGAAGAAUUGCUGACUACAAGUAUAAUGGCAGCAGUCUCGUAGCCUUUACUCACGCAAAUUCCUACUGAAGUUGGAAAGUUAUUUUUGAGCAAGGACUGAGCUAUGUAUUUUACUGUGCUGUCUCAGUGUGCAAUACAAAUACGGAAAAGAUGUAGGGCUUUAUUAUACUGAAAGCUGGACAAGCAGCAUAUCUGAGAAUUUAUCAUAGGUAGUGUACUACUUUGUGUUUUAAUAUUUAGCAGCAUCUUUAUGCAAAAUGUUUUUAGAAUCCUACUGUUUACAUUUUCUCAGGCUUUUAUGCAUAACAUGUAGUAAUGACUGUUGGAAAUAAAGGAGCCUGACAAGGGGCUCGUUCACCUGUGUAACCCAGAUUUUCAUAAAAGUUUGGUGUAAGUGCCAUGAUGUUAAUAAAAAUAAAAGCCACCCCAGAAAACCCACUUCCAUGGUAUUUCUGUACCUAAUAAGACUGUUGAUAUGAGUAGGUUGUUCCAUAAUGUGAGGAAGAAAACAUAUUGAAAGGAUGUUUUUGAACUAAUGUGGAAGGAGAGGGUGGAGUAAGUUCUUGAAGAAAUAAUGGUUCUUGUUUGUUCAGUGUUUUUGUUCAAAAACAUUAUAAAUACUUGUUUCAUUCCUUCUGUGUUGUCUCCUUUCCAGAAUAAAGUUACUCUCAAAGAAAUAUUGACUGAGUGGAGUCUAGAUCUUUUAUGAUAAGAGAACUUCAGUUUUGCUUUUGUUUCUUUCUUUCUUUCAUUAAUUGUGGGGUGUUGGGGUUUUGAUUGGUUUUGUUUUGCUUUUUUUUGAAUAAGCCUUCCAUGUGGUGCCCUGUGGGAGGGGUACUGCCUCCUGGCAGCUGUGCUCUUUCUGCAGGUUUGAGUCUAAGCAUGCAGUUUCUGCACUACACCAUGAGCUUCAUGUGAAGCUGGCAGUUUCAGAGGAGCUGACAUCUGAGCACCAAACUGACUGCAGUGCUGAAUCAAACUGAAGAUGCGUAACACCUCAGAAGGACAGGCAGUUGGACUAGAUGGCCAUUGUAGGUCUAGUCCAAAUGAAAUCUAUUCUAUUCUAAUCUUUAGUGUCUUGUGUCACCUUUCCUCAGCUUUCUCCCCCUCCUUUCACGAUAGUAGAAGCUGGAGAAGGUUGAUAACUUACAAACCCAGCCCUUUCAGUAACUGUUACAUGGACUUAAAGUGACUUGUACAGGUGAUAAACUAGGUGAAAAAUACCGGAUUGUAGCUGGAGUGUGUAAAGUGAGGAGCUCAAGGAGCCAUAGGUGAUGUGGGUAGAAAUGAUAAACUGAGGAAGACUCACUGGGAUGUAAAGUAAUUACUGCUUCCUGCUGCAGUGCAAAGGAGAUGUGCAAGCGGGAGUUUUGGAGGGUUUGGAAAAGCUUAUUUUCCGGGGGGUGGCGCAAAAGAAUGGCAGACUGCCCCGUGCAGUGCCUCACUUGGAUGUGUCUGGAGUCUUGGAAGCUUGACUACCCUACGUUCUCCUACAAAUGGACCGCUUGAGCUUGUUUGGAGGUUCUAGCAGGGGAGCGCAGCUACCGUAUACCCUUGACCGAUGAACGGUACGCCUCUAUCGGGGAAGGUCGUCCUCUUCGACCGAGCGCGCAGCUUCGGGAGGGACGCACAUGGAGCGGUGAGGGAGGAAGGGGACACCCGCCUAGCCAGCCAGAUCAGCCGAAUCAACCCUGGCGAUCAAUGGGGUGACAGAUGUCGCAGCCAGAUCGCCCUCACA